AUGAACAACUUGGGGAGGUUUCGGUUGAUUGUUCCGGCAGCCAAUGCUAAACCUUCACCCUCAAUUGGGCAAACGCUCGGCCCUCUGGGCAUCAACAUGAUGGCGUUUUGCAAGGAAUUCAACGCGAGGACUUCUAAAAUACGGCCUGGAGUUCCUGUACAGGUGACGAUUGUUCCCAAUCCUGACAGGACGUUCAAAUUCAGCCUUCGUACACCCAGCAGCACUUGGUUUCUGCUACGAGUGGCGAGGUGUCCAAUGGGUAGUGAAAAUGCAGGAAAAGAAAUCGUAGGGAAUGUGACUUUAAAGGAGAUAUAUCAUAUAGCCAAGUGCAAAUGCAUGGAUUGGCCUCUUAUUGGUGUUUCUCUCCAAGGCAUUUGCCGUUCCCUUAUCGGCUCCGCCAAGGCAAUGGGCAUCCAGGUCACUCCUCAGCUGCUGCCCGCAUUCAGCAAAAGGGAUUAUACCCCAGUAGAAGAGUUGGAACAAAUGCGAAAGGAUUUGAGACAAAGACGUAAAGCAGCGAGAAGAGCCAGCGCCAAGACAUAG